GAAUUUAUUUCAGUCGACAUAAAAAGAAAGAAAAAGAAACAAGAAUAUGUUUCUUUCAUUACACAAUGGACAUACCGUAUUUCAAGAUUCCAUAUCAUUUGUAUGGUUGUUAUAAGUUGAAGAAAUAUACGGUGGAAAAACGGGAAAAUCUGAAAAUUUACAGAUAUAUUUAUAAUUUAACUACACAGCCACUUGUAUAACAUAUAUUGGAGAAAUAUAUAUAUAUAUAUAUAUAUAUAAAGAAAAUAUGUAGAUGGAGUCAUGAGGGUUCAUGAAGAUGAGAUUGUAACUUUGUAAGAUUGUAAGGCCAAAUGAAUUAAGGUGGCCCAACCAACCAUCUUCUUAUUAUGCAAAUUUCUUGAUAUUCUACCUCGAAAUUCAAACUUAUAAUUAAUACUGAAAUUUUAUAACCCAAUAUGAAACCACAUAACUUUAUGAUUUUUUCUUCAUAUUACUAAACCAUAUGUAUAUUACCGACUUUUAAAUUCUUUUGUCAGCACUACUAUCAGUUUUGGAUAAUCAAAGUCUAAUGUGUUGAGAAUUUAUUCCAAACAUAACAUUGUGUAUGAAGCUGUUUUUUUACCAAUACAUAUUGUUAGAUAGGAAACAAUUAAGAAGUAAUAUUUUAUUGUAUUCGAUUUCAUGCUUAUACGCUUUUUAGAUACUUCAAUAUUUUACUAAUUUUCCUAUGAAGAAAAGAUGAAACUGCACUAAAUAAUCACACAUUAGAAAUACUAUUUUACCUUUUCAAUAUUUUACUCUUCUCCAUUUAUGUUUCUCUUCUCUUCAUAAUGAGAAAAUUUCAACCUUUAUAUGAAACCAUGAAUCUGCAUAAAUAAAAUAGAACUAUAAUAAAUAUAAGUGUACAUAAAUUUGAGUGUUAUUCAAUAAAUAAAAACUUUAAUUAGUUUAUAAUGAAUAUAAGCCCUUAUAUAAUUCUAGUCUUGUUAACAAAUAUUUUAAGAUUUGUUUAGUAUUAUUCAAUUUAUUAAGUUUCAAAUUCUAUUAUUUGUUAGUAUGAUUAAAUGCUAUGUGAAACUUAUGGUUAAUAUCAUUUCAAGAUAAUUUAAUAGAAAAUUCAAAUAAAAGUGUAAAUUAACUCAUUUUUACCUUUAAAUGAAAUUUUACAAUCUUUUGCAAGUUUUCACUAGAUUUCUUAACUCCAAUUAUCAAAAGAAAAACCAGACCGAAUUGGAAUGUCAUCAUUCAUAGAUAUAUCAGUAUUAAUAACAAAUUAAUAAAUCAAUUCAUAUGACGUAGAUUGUGGACCAGACCAGUCCAGUCUUACCAACUUAAUAAGAUCCGAUUUACUUCAAUGGUAAACAUGAAAAAGAAAGAAAAAUAGACAAUUUUACAAAAAGUCAAACUAUUUGACACACUUUUAUAUAAUUGGCUGAUAAUCAUAAAUGAAUAUAAGUUCUUAUAUAAUUCUAGUCUUAUUAAUAAAUCAUUAAUUUUUUUAAAAAAUUGUUUAGUACUAUUCAAUUUAUUAACUUCUGAAUUCUAUUAUUUGUUAGUGUUAUAAAUGUUAUGUGAUAUGAUAGUCAUGGUAAAGAUCAUUUCAAGAGAAUAUAAUAGAAAGUACUAAGAAAAGUGUAAAUCAAAUCAUUUUUAGCUUUAAAAUGACAUUUUACAAUCUUCUGCAAGUUUUUAUUAGAUUUCUUGAUUCCAAUUACCAAAAUAAAAAUCAAACCGAAUUGGAAUGUCACCAUUCAUAGAUAUAUCAUUAUUAAUAACAAAUUAAUAAAUCAAUUCAUAUGAUGAAGAUUAUGGACCAGAUUAGUUCAGUUUUACCAACUUAAUAAGAUCUGAUUUAAGAAACCGGUUUGCUUUUCUAUGGUUGACAUGAAAGAGAAAAAAAAAUAUUUACAAAAGAAAUAAGAAAACUAGUUGACAGGUUGAUAUUUUCCCCAUUUUAUUGACUUUUAGAAUGUCCAAAAACCAAACAAAAGACUUCUGUUUUGUUUGUUCUUCGUAAUUAAAAAAAAAAAACAUUUUCUUCAUCAAAUAAUUUGUCUCUUUCUCCGAAUCAACCUCAAAGCAAGUACCUUCUCCCUCUCAAUUUUGUGGGUUUUUCAUUUAUAGUGGGAUUCGACGUUGACAGAUUCUACAUAAAAGACAUUGAUCAUACAGACAGAGAGAUGGAAGAUUGUUAGCUAAUUGUAAUCUAGAGAGAGAGAGAUGGGAGGUUGCGUGUCGACGCCGAAGAGCUGUGUGGGAUCGAAGAUGAGGUCUAAGCGAAGGAAGAGUCGUAAAAGACGCAAGCUUCAGAGGAAAAGAGCCGCCGGAUCAUUUGACAAUCUCGAUCAUCCUCCCAACAACUUGCCCACUCCCAGUUUCAGAGUAAGUGGAGAAGAAGCAUGGUUUGAGUCCAAUGCAGCCUUUGAAACAGAUUGUGAUGAUGAUUUCCAUAGCGUCACUGAAGAUAGCUUGUCUUUAAACGGAGGUGAGCGUGCAUCAGUCUCCAGUACUAUAACCACAUCAUCAACAGGAGACUCUGACUCAAACGAAUCCAUGUCCCAGUCGAAAUCUGACACAAACCAGCCUGAUUCCAUUGAUUCAUCAUCUGCAGACGAAGGAGGACACUUGCCUAAUAACUGUUUGCCUUGUCUGACUCCAAUAAGUGUUGUUCCUUGUGUUGAAAAAGGAAGGUCUCUUAGCUCUAGCCCUCCAAGCUCCAGGAAAAAAGCGUCUCUUAAACUAUCUUAUAAAUGGAGAGAAGGUCAUGCUUCAGGAGCCUUGUUUCUUUCUAAACUACAGUUGAAGAGACCAGUAGCUGGUUCUCAGGUCCCUUUCUGUCCAGUCGACAAGAAAAUGCUAGACUGUUGGACAACCAUCGAGCCAAAUAGCUUCCGCGUUCGUGGCAAAACAUAUCUAAGGGACAAGAAGAAAGAGUUUGCAGCUAGCCAAGCUGCUUAUAACCCUUUUGGUGUCGAUGUUUUCUUAUCAGAACGUAAAAUAAACCAUAUCGCACAAUACGUCAAGCUUCCCGUAACUACCGCAUCCGCAAAACUCCCAUCUCUCCUUGUUGUUAAUGUUCAGAUUCCAUUGUAUCCAACUACGAUCUUCCAAGGCGAAACUGAUGGAGAAGGAAUGAAUAUUGUUUUGUACUUCAAACUUUCGGAUAAUUAUUCAAAGGAGCUUCCGCUUCAUUUUCAAGAAAGCAUUCAGAGAUUAAUAGAUGAUGAGGUUGAGAAAGUUAAAAGCUUCCCUAUGGAUACAACCGCGCCUUUCAGAGAACGGCUGAAGAUAUUGGGACGUGUUGCCAACGUGGAUGAUCUGCAUUUGAGUGGUCCAGAGAAGAAGCUGAUGCAGGCUUACAACGAGAAGCCUGUUCUUUCGCGUCCGCAGCACGAGUUCUACUCGGGUGAAAGUUACUUUGAGAUUGAUAUUGAUAUGCAUAGAUUCAGUUAUAUAUCCCGGAAAGGGUUUGAAACAUUCAUAGACAGACUCAAGAUCUGCGUUCUUGAUGUUGGCCUCACAAUUCAGGGUAACAAACCAGAGGAGCUACCAGAGCAGAUUCUGUGUUGUGUCAGGCUAAAUGGGAUUGACUUCAUGAACUAUCAUCAAUUAACUCAAGAAGUAUAACAUUUUUUUUCUCCUUCUUUGUUUAGCUUACAAACUACAUACAAUUCUAAACGCAUCCCUUUAGAACACUCCAAGAACACAAAAAAAGGGUGAUGAUUUUAAAGUGAAUAUAUAAAAUUUUAUGAGUCUUUUA